AUGUCACAAAGUGAUGAAUCAAAAAUGAAUGAAACAAAUCCACAAUCUAUAGAAAAAUUUAAACUAAAAAUAAGAUUUGAAAAAAACCAAGGAUUUUCCAUUGAUGAAAACAGUUAUAAAAAUCACCAACAAACAGAUUCAACAAUCAUCGAACAAAAACCACCAUUUAUUUGUACCGUGUGUAAUCGAAAAUUUUCCAAUUUUAAUAAAUUUUUAAAACAUGAAAAUAAACAUCAUUCGACUAGAUGUGUUACUGAAGAUGAUAAUAAUUAUAAGUGUAGUAUUUGUAAUAAACAAUUUUCAAAAAAACGUUAUUAUACAAAACAUUUACAAUCGCACACAGAUAUAAGACCGUAUGCAUGUGACAUAUGUGAUAAACGUUUUGGAAAUUCAAGUAACUUAAUUGUGCAUAAACGUUUUCAUAGAGGUGAAAAACCCCACAGUUGUUCGGUUUGUGAUAAAACAUUUACUGUAAAAGGUGAUUUAAUCAAACAUGAGCGUAUACAUACCGGCGAACGACCUUAUAACUGUAAAAUCUGUUUUAAAACAUUUAUUAAUAAAGGUGAUUUAAAUAUUCAUUCUCGUAUUCACACGGGCGAAAGACCAUAUAAAUGCUUUGAUUGUGAUAAAACAUUUACACAUAAAAGUCAUUUAACAGUGCAUGAGCGUAUACAUACGGGCCAAAAACCAUAUAAAUGUCCAAUAUGUGAUAAAUGUUUUGCAAAUUCUAGUAAUUUAAUUGUACAUAAACGUACUCAUACGGGGGAAAGACCGUACAAAUGUGUUAUUUGUAAUAAAUCGUUUACAAACAAGGGUGAUUUAACUCGUCAUGAAAAAAUUCAUACGGGUGAAAAGGAUUAUAUUUGUUUUGUAUGUGAUAAAACCUUUACGCAACAGGGGCAUUUAAGUCGGCAUGAGAUUAUUCAUACACGUGUGGAACCUGGAUUAGCAACUUUUAUAAGUAAAAUAACAAAUAUGUCCAUAAUUGCUGAAGAUGACACCAAAGAUUUCUUACAAUGUCGUUUAUGUGCCGAAUAUAAAUUACAAGCAGAAAUCAUACAUAUUAAACAUACAACAGCGGUUGAAUUGAAUUUAGAAUAUAAAAUUUAUCACUGUUUACAACUACAAUUUCUAGAAACAGAUAAUUUACCGAAAUCAGUAUGUCUUAGUUGUUGCGAUCGUGUCGGGAGUUCAUAUGAAUUUACUCAAUUGGUGCAGAGAGCACAAGAAACUCUUAGAAAUAAUAUUAAUGAGGUUGAGAAUAAUCGUACACCAUUGCCUAAUAACGAUGAAGAUGUAAAAAAUAUUAAAGUUGAACCAGAUAUUCCUGAGUAUUCCGAUUUUUUUGAUAAUGAUAAUGACAAUGAUAACGAUGUCGAUAAUGACAUUGAUAAAAAAGAUUCCGAUUUUGAAGAAGAUGAUUGUAAGCCUCUUUCCAGUGUUCUUUCAGAAAAGGAUAUAAAAACUGAAAUACAUGUCAAUAAUGAAAAUAAGAUACGAAAAAGUAAAUUACGAAAAACACUGAAAAAAGAACGUUUACGAAAAGCGAAACUAGAUGAUCAAGAAAAAAAGAAAAUACGACAUGCCCGUCAGAAACGAUUACGAAAGUUAUUUUCAGAAUUUGAUAAUUAUGAAUGGAAAUGUGCUAAUUGUGAUGAAAAACCAGCAGAUUUAAAUGACUUACGCGAUCAUUAUAAUAAUGUUCAUCGAGUUUUGCCGAAAUAUAUUUGUAAUGAAUGUGGCAAACAAUUUGAUGUGUAUGAUUACUUUAAACGGCAUGUUCGGGCUCACAGAGACAAGGAUAAAUAUUGUUGUGAAACAUGUGGUAGAUAUUUUCAUAAACGUACACAUUUGGUACGACAUCAAGACAUACAUUCCAGUGAACGUAAAUAUAUAUGCGAUGAAUGUGGCAAACGAUUUAAAACCUCUAGCUCGUUACGUAGCCAUAAUCGUGCUCAUCUGCCAUCUGAAAUUAAAUAUAAAUACGAAUGUGAUCAAUGUAAUAAGAAAUUUAGUUCGAAACCAAAUUUAAUAUGCCAUAAAAAAUUACAUACAGGUAUUAAAGAAUAUACAUGCCAUGAAUGCGGAAAAGGUUUUAUGCAAAAAGGCAACCUAGAACAACAUUUAAAUACGAUACAUUCAGAUAAUACACCUUUUAAAUGUGAUAAAUGUUUUAAAAUGUUUAAAACAAAAUCCAGUUUAAAAACACAUUUAAAAAUACACAGUGAAGUUAAACCGCAUGCCUGUGAAGUAUGUGGUAAACGAUUCCGACGAAAAGGUACACUUACACGACAUCAAUCAGUUCAUUCGGAUGCAUUACCAUUUGAAUGUGAAUAUUGUAAAAAAUGUUUCCGUAUGAAAACAUUUUUAAAGAUUCACUUACGUCAGCAUACCGGUGAACGUCCGUACUCAUGUUUGGAUUGUAAUCACCAUUUCACCGAUUCAUCAAAUUACAUUAAACAUAUGAAAGGACGACAUGGUAUUCAUAGUAUAGCAAAAAUUCCAGUAUAUAGUAAAAAAAUUUUACAGGAUUUAAAUUUACAAGAUUUAAGUACUGAACUAAACCAAACACCUGAAUAAGUUUUAAGGAAAUUUAAUUUUUAUUCAAAUAUUACUUCAACUAUUCAGAUUAUUCGUUGUUUUAUUUUAAUAGGGCUGAAAACAAUAAACAAAAAUACUCAUAAUCGAACAAUGCACGGAGUUUGGUUAGAGAACUUAUUAAGCGAAAAUAAUCGUAUAAUUUCUUUUACUAUAUUUUAGUAAAGCGCAACGUAUUAAUUGAAUGAACGGUAUAUCACGAUUAAUUUAUUACUAAAAUGAAACUCCUUUAGAGAAGAACGCAAAAAACACAAAAAUUCAAUUCAGUUGACAAUUAGUAAUAGGCUUUUGUCCAUUAAGAAUAAAUCGGUUGGAUAAAAGUUAUUUUUCAUAAAAAAUAAGAAUUAUUAUUAUUUAUUCAGAUAAUUUUAGUAAAAGUAGGUAUUUAGUCACGUGAUAGCAAAUGUCAAUCAGAAAGUAUUGAAAAUCUUACGUCACGCCAUAACAAACGCUAUGUAAACAACAUUACAUUUUAAUAAAACGAAAUAGGUUAGUUGAUUACGACUGCAUAAACUUGCAUACACAAAAAUGCUUGUAUUCCAAAUCGUGAUGACAUUCAAGACGUCAUGACACUCUACAUUGUUUUCGAAGUAAAUUUGAAUUGGUUUUUGAAAAUACAAAAUACAUAAUGUAAAUAGUAUUUUUUUUUUUUUUUUAAUAAUAAUUUUUUGGUGUAAAUCAGAUACUAAUGUAACGGACAAACCAAUCUUUCAAAUUUAGGACAAAAGCCUAUUCUCGAUAUCUCAAAAAUCUAUACAAAAUAUAGGACUUCUUAUAGGAUUUUGGGUGAUAUCAUAGAAAACAUUCGACCAAUCGUUUUUUGUAAUUUUUGGGACAAAAUUACUCCAAAUACCGAGUUUUAUCAAAUUCGAAAACAAAAAAUUAUAUGUGAUUUUUUCGAUUUCCCCUUUAAGAAAAUUCUUUUGCUAUUUUAAGAAAGUACAGUUUUCAAAAUAACGCUCGAAGUUCCAUGAAGAUAUACACAUUAAACAAAUAUAUUUCGCCAAAAAUUAUACCUAUUAAUGACUUUACAUUUCAAUUUGCAUGAAUUUCUAGAAUAUCAG